ACACACACACACAUAUAUAAGAUUUCCACUGGGAAACAAUGCUACUUGUGCCUACCACUUAGUUAUAGUGAAGUUCAACAUUGAUGUUGGUCUUGUGAUAGUGUAUGUAUGGUUUGAUGAAUGAUUUUCUCCACGAUUGUGUUACUUUUAUAUUGUCAAAUGUUUUUUUUAUAAUUGUCGCAUAAGUGUGGAAGUUUAUACUACAUUCAUAUUUCAUCUCUUAAGUUCUUCUCAACAGAGGAAGAGUUAUAUCUGUUGAACAGGUCAGUGGUUAUUUGUAUGUUAUUUGUAAUGUCUUGGUUUGUUUAAGUAUAAACAGAAUACAUUCUUUGAAUUCAUGAAGUUAAUAAUUACUACAGUAUAUUCUAUCUAAAGAUGACAAAGCUAUUACCUUCCUAAUGUAUCUAUCAUACUUAAGUAAUGAGUGAGUUGUUGAGUGAAGCAAUGCCCUUGAAUUUCUUUAUACUAUCAAUAUAGAACUGACACACACACACACACACACACACACACACACACACACACACACACACACACACACACACACACACACACACACACACACACACACACACACACACAUUUAGUAUGUGCAGUAUAUAUUUUUUUCUGUUUAAGAAAAUAGCCCAAGAGAAUAUUUUUGUAACUUAGGAUAAGUUUGAGAAAUAUGCUUAUGUGUAAUAAUGCAGAAUUAUUAUAAGUUGUUGGAAAAAAAGGAGGCAGAGAUAGAGUCAAGUUAACAACAAAAAAUAAAGAAAGUGGAUUUGUACAAUGCAUUUAUGAUGAAUGAGUAAAAACUUGGAGCAUUGGUUGAAGAUUGAAGAUCAAGAAUCAAGUCAUCCAGGAGUCCUGAUAUAGUUGGCCUUUCACAACUUUGUGAAAACGUCGUGUGCCGCAGCCAGUGUCUGUUUGGCGUGUGAGGAUGGUUUUCUACAUAGUGAGAACAAAAGGAACUGGUUUAGUGGGCAGGUGUUGCUGCACCAGUUCAAGGAGGAGUGUGUUGGCUCCACAUCCUCUGUCAGUUUCUGCUAAAUGGAUCCAUGUUGCAGGGAGACAGAACCAGCAGAAAGGAAAUGCAAUGAAUGUCUUUGAUCGUCACACGAAACUACUUCAAAGGGAGAGGGCUGCCAAGAAUCCUGAUGCUCCAGUAUAUGAUUAUCUCAAGGAAGAGGUUGGUUACCGAUUAGCUGACAGAAUCCUUGAUAUCAAGAAAGAGUUAAAAGUUGGACUGGAUUUAGGCUGUGGCCGAGGAUAUGUAGCCAAGAACAUUAGUGAUAUUGAGUUGAAGCAUCUUUACAUGAGUGACUUGUCUCCAUCCAUGUUGGAGACCGCACAGACUCCAGAAAAUAUUGAAUCAACCAAAAUAGUUAUUGAUGAAGAGAAGCCAUUUCCUCUUGAAACCAGGUCUCUUGACCUUGUUAUUUCAAAUCUCAACCUUCACUGGGUUAACAACUUACCAGGUUGUUUGCGUGAAAUAAACAGAGUUUUGAAGGAGGAUGGUGUUUUCUUGGCGUCAAUGUUUGGGGGCGAUACUCUCUUUGAGUUGAGGUCAUCCCUAGUAUUAGCAGAAUUGGAGAGAGAAGGGGGAUUUGCAGCACACGUGUCGCCUUUUACCGAGAUACGUGACAUAGGUGGUCUCCUAAGCCAGUGUGGAUUCACCAUGCUGACGAUUGAUGUUGAUGAGAUAUCAGUGGGCUUCCCUUCCUUGUUUGAACUGAUGUGGGACCUCCAAGGGAUGGCAGAAAACAAUGCCGGUGUAAAUCGCAAGGCACACCUUCAUCGUGACACUAUGUUGGCUGCUAGUGCCAUAUACCAAGAAAUGUAUGGGAAGGAAGAAGGAGUUCCAGCAACCUUCCAGAUAAUUUACAUGAUCGGAUGGAAACCUGAUCCCAAACAAACUCUCCAUUUUUCUGCUGUGUCAUUUGCAUCACUCCAGCGAACCUUAGCAAUGAGGAAAAGGCCAGAAUUUUGGCAUGGAAGACUGAUAACGUGCUUAUAAAAGGAAUUUCAAUAUACACAGGGUGAUAUGAAAGCACCAUUUGCUGCCUGGUUAUAGGCACUUGCAUCCCUCCAGUGCUUUCAUUUGCUGCCUGGUUAUAGGCACUUGCAUCCCUCCACCCUCCAGACCUCUAACAUAAUCACUGUCUGGGAGGCCAAGAAACACAUUCACCACAACUGAUAUUCUCAAGAAGCAUGAAGUUAUGAUGUCAGCAAGCACAUGCUACUGAAGACUAAUGAUUGCAACAGGAACAUAUAGCAGCAGCAGGCAGCCAUGCACCAGCUACUACUGCAUAUCUUGGUACUUUGUGGGAUUGAUAUGAAUAGUAGUAGUGAAGGAACAGUAUAUCAGGUGGUCCUGCUGCAUCCCCACAGUCAGCACUGUGCCACCACAUCAACAGUUCCAAGCCCGCAUGCCACUUGUGCUCUCUUUUGGCUUUUCUGUAGACAGGAAUACAGUGCUUACCAUUGCCAUAGUCUGAAGCAGGCUGCCAACUAAUGCAGUGGUGCAAAUCAGUUCAACCCUCCUAACACUGGCCUGCUUGAGCAAAGGUGAAUAAUGUACAUCCCUCAUAUGAGAGAAGACAGGAUGGAGUGUGUGGGAGGAGAACCCACCAGUUCCCCUCCAAGCAAAUUAGUAAUAGAAUUUGCGAGUUUCUCUUCUCUCUCUAAUGAUAAAAUGGACAAGAGAAAGGACUUGAGCAAAGAGGAAAUUUUAUCCAUAAUAAAUAUUUACUAUGUUUGUGCAAAGUAGAGAAGGUUCCAGAAGCUUUAUUAUUUGUGCAAGUGAAAGAACUGUGCAACAAUGGACCUAAUAAUUUUGUGAUGGAGAGGCAGCAACACCACGGCAUCAAGAUCAUCCUGGCAAUGACUGGAAAGCCUAUCCAUGCACUUUAAAUGUAAUGAAGUGGUGAAUGGAUGCCAUUCAAAGUGCAGAGAGGUUUGCCAGGACAACUUGGUGCUGUGGUGUUGCAGUUCUUUCACUCGCCAGCAAUCCUGGUAUAUCCUUUGUAAAUUUUACUAUUUUCUAUAGGCUUAUUAUAGAUGUAAUUUCCUAUUUGUCCUUUGCCCAACAACCUGAUUUGUAGACAGCA